AUGAACUCAAAUAUUGAUCCAACGAUCACUGAACUGGAUCUUUUUCAGACGGACUUAGGACAGGAAGAAAGGUCUCUGGAUGAAAUUCAUGGAAGGAAUCUACAAGAGCAUCAUGAAGUGCAUUCUGAUGAUCGAUCUGUUGCAAGAGUAUUUGGAUUAAAUGAAUAUGUGACUAGUCCGAAUCCAUUGCAACCAGGGAGUCAAAAUGAAAAUUCGACAGCAGCUGCUGCGCUUAAUAUUAUUCAAUUAAGUAAUUACAAUGGCGAAGAGAGUGCAAGUACUAUAAAUCACGAAGAUUUUGAGCGAUUUGCUAAUAGCCCCUACGAUGAUUUUUCAGGUCUUGGUGAGAUUAAACGUAAUUUAAGAACCAAGCCUUCUGCAGCAAUCUCUCAGGUCAAACUCGUUCAAUAUAAUCCUAUUGAGAAAACGAAAAGACUCGGAAGACCACGAAAGCACAUGACAAAGAGCCUACCUUCUCCCGAAAAUUCCUCUUCACAGAAUUAUAAUGAGUCAAUUAUAUCUAAAUUCAGGUUUGAUACCCUCCCAGUUGAAGGACCAGGUUCGCGUGGUGGUAGAAGAGGUGUACGUCCCGGUCCUAGAGGCAGAAUUGGAAUUGGUAGCUUGAGGCAGCGACAACAUCAAUCAACUUUGAGCUUCAACAACACUUCUAGUAAUUCAAAUUUGGGGUUGAAAAUACAAAAGCAUGAUUCAAAUGAAUUUGAACUUCAGAAGCUGUGCGCCUCUGUCCAAUGUGAUGUGGAACUGACCUUAAAUGAGAGCAAGAAAGAAAGGAAUUUGGAUACAAAAGAGAAGAAAAAUUCGAGAAUAAAAGGGUCUUCCACAAGGAAGAAUUCUCGCUUUCUUAAACUCACUCCGAUAAGUCGAACAACAAUUUUGAGAAAUCGGAGCUGCAUUAAAGGUAAUGAGGUUGAACCAGUAAUUGGCUUAAAUUUUGACUUAUAUGACGAUAAUGUUUUAAAAGCGGAACAAAAUUUAACUGCAACAUCUGAAAGUUUAGCUUUGGGGUUUCCUGUAACUGUAGCCCCGUAUGCUAGUGAUAUUUUGAAGAUAAUAAGUUUUUUAUACAAAUUCAAAGAUAUUGUAUUGCUUGAUAAAGUCGGCCCACAAAAUAUAGAGAGCGGCUUGAGCCUCCCUUUUAAAAGUCAAGCUAUCAUAUUAAACACGUCAGCCAGCAUGCCAGCUGUUGAGAUUAAGGAUUAUGACUCCAAUUAUGUGUCUUCAGAAAUGGAUUUAUUAUUCAAUCGUCUAAUGCUGUUAAUAUUAAAUCAAGAAAAAAUUUCCUCCAUUUCAAACUCAAUUUUGCAAUUGAGGCUGUUGAUACCACAACUUGGUUUACCUUCUGAGUGGCGGAGCUCUAAAUCUAAUCCAUUUAAUUCAACUGAAUUUGAAAAAGAAGGCUUGCGUGGAAUUAAUGAUCCAACUGACAGACUAAUAAUGUUGCGAGUGCUAGUGGAUUGGUCUCUAAUUACCUCGGAUGAUGUACGUAAACAUAUAAAUGAAUAUUUGGUUAACCAAAACUCAUAUGGUGAAACUUCUUACGUAGCUAGAUCUGUCUUAAAAGGCUUGAAAGGCGUUGAAGAUACUAGCGAAGAAUUGAAAAACAAGAAAUUAAAAAGUGUACCAAACGACGACCAACCUACAGUUGGUCCAACUUCAAAUCCUCUUGAUCAUAAUCUGCGUCUAAGACUAGAGGAAUUGUUUGCUGGUGAUUGUGGCUUUCAUAUUGGUAGAUUCUAUUUAGCUCGGAUGGCCGAUUCAGCUAGUGGUGGCCUCGAUUCAUCGAAAAUAAUGAAAGAGGCACUAAAGGUGCAUCAAAAUAGUGGAGGUUCCUCUUUGUUCAAGUUGUAUGUACUUGAUGUACAUGAAAUGUUGGUAACCUCAUUGACAACUUAUGGGGUCGAGUUUGAUGAAGAAGGUGAAGAAUUGCCUGCUCGAAAUUUAACAGGUGAACAUUGGUAUGAAGUUGCGAACAAUAUCGAAAGUCUCGGAGCUUUUGUUCAUUAUCUCUCCCUACGUCUUGGUAUUAAGAGUUCAGAAGAACCAAUCAAUGUUAUCAGUAGAGCUUCUACCAUUUACAAGCCUGUAUUAAGCCUACUUAAUUACCUUUCUUUUGUUUUAGAGGUGAUGCAGAAAUAUGACAGUCACACAAAAGAUCUUAAUUUACAUUCAAUAUCACAACUAGAUUAUGGCUAA